AUAAAUUAAUAAUAUCCUUUAUAACCUCUAUCUUCUUCUAACCUUUAAAAAAAUAAAGUGAGAAAAUCUAAUAAGAUGAUUGUUUUAUCUACCUAGGUUUUGCUUAAAAUAAUAUCAAAUGUGUAAUAAAGUAUUAAAAAAAAUUUAGGUACAUAAUCAUGUAUAUAUUCUAAGUGUUUAUUAAUUUUAGAAAACCAGUGCCAAUUUUAUGCAAGCCGGUUAAUUUCUGCAAUCGAUUGAUUUAAUUGCAUAAACAUUCUCAAGCAUACGUAAGCAUCGAUUGUUUUCUAACAGAACUCAAUUAAUGACAUUUUUACAAUGAAUGGUAUAGAUUUAUACAGCGUAUUUCUUGAAAUACAUAAACCUCAACUAGAAUCUUCUGGUAUUCCACAAUUAUUUUGGAAAACUCUGUUUGAGAAGUUAGAAAAUGAAGUCUUCGAUGGUGGACUUGUCUUUCAGUUGGCAAAAGUAGAGUAUGAAGGUAUGACCAGACAUAUCACAGAACCAGUUUGGAAAUUGUUUGUCUCUGUGAAAGAUGGUCUUAGCGCACAAGAUUCAAAUAAUAUUUACUUGAUUGAUCAUGCCUGGUUAUACGAUACGAGAUCUGCACGUCAAAAUUUGACGGAAGUACCAGGUUUGCUCGAUCGUAUGUGCUCUCUCAUGGACAUCGACACCAAUGCAGAAAAGCAGGAGAUAAUCGAAUGUGUUAUGAAAGAAAUGUGGCGAUACAAUCAAUCAUUUUCGUUGAACUCCCGAAAUGUCGAGGAGAGUAUGCCAAUGUGGUAUAUUAUGGAUGAAGUAGGAUCAGCAAUAAAUCACAGUGACAAUCCGAAUUUCAGAGCAGAGCCUUUCCUGCAUGUGUCAAAAGGCACAUCUUAUACUAUUCUGUUUCCCAUAAGAGAUGUCGCUAUGGGAGACGAAGUCACGAGAGAUUUUGUGGAGGGUCAAGCGAGCAGUUCUUGGAUGAGACGUUUGUUAUUGUUGCCGUGGGUCGACAGCACUUUCGACAUUGAAAAUUAUGAGCAGUUUGAAACUGAUGAAGAUUUUUCAAAGAAUUAUAUUUCCGAAACUCUGCCGGAAACGAACACGUCAAAGGCUGACAACAACGAAACUUUGAAGGUUUUUUCACAAUACGAAUAUGUGAAUAAAUACUUGACGUAUCCAGCAUUUACGUUUGUCGACAACGAUCAGGAAGCGGACAUAUUGUGGCUGGUGACCCACUUCAAAGCGUUCAAAGAAUUAAGCAUCUCCUCGCCCCGCGUAUUCAUAAAUCAAUUCCCGUGCGAGCACGUGAUAACGGUCAAGGACCUCUUGGCCAUCGUGUGCAGGAGAAAAGCGAUAGGCAGACAAUACGAUCUUGAUACUCUCGAAAGUUUCCCGGCCUGGUUACCGACCACGUACAACUUGACGACGGAGCUGCGACAGUUCGUCGGUUACUUCAAGGCACGGGCGGACGCGAACCUGGAUAAUCAUUGGAUCUGCAAACCGUGGAAUUUGGCAAGAGGCUUGGACAUCACCAUCACGAAGGAUCUCUGUCACAUUCUGCGGUUACGUUGUACAGGGCCAAAAAUCGUGCAGAAGUACAUCACGCAGCCGGUUUUGUACGACAGAGCGCACAUCGGCCGGGUGAAGUUUGACAUCAGGUACGUCGUGUUGCUCAAGUCCGUGAAGCCGUUACGCGCAUAUGCGUACGCGAACUUCUUCCUGCGAUUCGCGAAUCAGCCGUUUGCGCUGAACAACUUGGACGUGUACGAGCAACACUUCACCGUGAUGAAUUAUUCCGACGAGAAUCCGCUCUACCACGUGAAAUGCGCCGAGUUUGUCGUCCAAUGGAAGAAUCAGUACCCCGAUUAUCCGUGGGAGAGCUACGUCGAGCCGAAGAUUCUGUCCGUCCUCCGUGAGGCUUUCGAAGCCGCGAUCGCGGAACCGCCGCCGAGAGGAAUUCCCGAGAGUCCGCAGAGCAGAGCCGUGUACGCCGCUGACUUGAUGCUGGAGUGGCGCGGCUCCGAGAUGCAGCCUAAAUUGCUGGAGAUCAAUUUCAUGCCGGAUUGCCAGCGAGCGUGCGAUUAUUACCCAGAGUUCUACAACGAUAUCUUCAGGUGCCUGUUCUUGAAUACGGAAAACCCGCAAGUAUUUCACUCAAUCGAGAAAUGACUCACAGCCGGAGAGACAUGUAAAAUAAAAUAAAAGUAUAUAAUUAAGCAUAUGCAAAUUAUAUAUGUUGAAUACAUAUGUUAAUAAAAUAUUAUGCGCGCACAAGAGCAUUGUCGUGUUAUUAGCUAUAAACACAAUUCGAAA